AUGACGGCUAGCGACGGCGCACCCGUCGACACCCCGCCGAGGGCACCCUCGCCAGUCCACAAAUUCGGGACUUUGGCCGUCCACGCAGGAUCUCCCCACGACCCAGCCACCGGCGCCGUGAUUGAAGCCAUCUCGCUUUCCACCACCUUUGCGCAAACCGCCGUGGGCAAGCCUGUAGGCGAGUACGAAUACUCGCGCUCUAGCAACCCCAACCGCGACAAUUUCGAAAAGGCGGUCGCCGCUCUAGAGCACGCCAAGUAUGCGCUGGCCUUCUCCUCGGGCAGCGCCACCACCGCCAACAUUCUGCAGUCUCUAGCCUCGGGCUCCCAUGUCGUCUCCGUGUCGGACGUCUAUGGCGGCACUCAUCGAUACUUUACCCAAGUCGCCAAGGCGCACGGCGUAAAGGUCACGUUUACACCCGAGAUCGAGGUCGAUAUCAGCGCCCACAUCACCGAUCAGACCAAGCUCAUAUGGAUCGAGACUCCCAGUAACCCGACCUUGAGACUAGUGGACAUCAGAGCCGUUGCGACGGUGGCCCACGCCCGCGGCAACCCGCUCGACCUUGGCGCCGAUAUCGUCGUGCACUCCGUGACCAAGUAUAUCAACGGCCAUAGCGACGUCGUCAUGGGCGUCGCCGCCUUCAACAGCGAGGAGCUCAAGACUCGCCUCAGCUUUCUCCAAAACGCCAUCGGCGCCGGCGCGCGAGGCCACGAAAAUGCCACCGCGGUGGCCGAAACUCUGGAAUCGAGCCCCCACGUCAUCUCCGUCAACUAUCCCGGCCUAAACUCCCAUCCCCACCGCCACGUAGCUCUGAAGCAGCACCGCGAUGGAAUGGGCGGCGGUAUGCUGUCCUUCCGUAUCCGCGGCGGCCACAGCGCGGCCGAGCGCUUCUGCCAGCGCACUGCCAUAUUCACUCUCGCCGAGAGCCUUGGUGGCAUCGAGCCUGACCAACGUGAGGCCGUUGGCGUAUUUGACGACCUCGUACGCAUCAGCUGCGGUGUUGAGGAUGCCGAUGAUCUCGUCCAGGACGUCCUUCGGGCCCUCGAAAAGGCCGUGACCGAGACCACCCAGGAAGGGUCUAAGAAUGGCGUAACCAAUGGAACGAAUGGCAGCCUUGCGCACUAG